CAGGGAGCGGUCAUAGGAAUAUAACAGUAUAGAAAGAAGAAAGUUACCUUCUCGCCAGAAUAAAAGACAAACAUACAGACAAACUGCUGGUUCCACUCCAGUAAUGUCUUCCAUGUGGUGGGAUCAGUUGCUGGACACAAAUGGUACCUCCACGGACAACAUAAGCUGCUACAGCUCCAAACAGAGCACCGUUCUCACAGGAGUCCCCUUUGGAGGAGUGCCAGUUGUGCUACUGCUCGAUUUCUUGGUCUUUCUGGUGUUGCUGAUUGUCUUCUCUAUCAUCAGGAGGAAGUUCUGGGACUAUGGGCGUCUGGCAUUAGUUUCAGAUAACGAAGGGUUCACAGAGUCAUUACGCCGUCGCUAUGGACGCAUGUCAUCCUUAGUGUCCAGCAUGGAUGACCUUGAGUAUGAAUUAGGGUGCUGCUCUUGGCUGCCCUACAUCCUCAGAAUGGAUAAGGAAAAAAUAAAAGCCAGAUGUGGUUUGGAUGCUGUUCACUACCUGUCCUUCCAGCGUCAUCUGAUCGCCCUGCUGUCGGUUAUAACUGUCACCUCCCUUGCAGUCAUACUGCCAGUCAACUUGACAGGAGAACUGCUUGAUAAUAAUCCACAAAGUUUUGGAAGGACUACUGUUGGGAAUCUUCGAACUGAAAACCACCUGUUAUGGCUGCAUACAGUUUUUGCAGUUUUGUACCUAAUCCUGACAGUUGUUGUGCUGCGGCGUCACACAUCCCAAAUGAAAGGCAUGCGCAGAGAGACGACCAGAAACACUUUGUUUGUGUGUUCAGUUCCUAAAACAGCAACAGAGGAAGAUGUAAAGACCCAUUUCAUAGAAGCGUACCCUUCCUGUCAAGUGCGUGCUGUGACCCUGGGCUAUAACGUGGCAAAGCUCAUGCACCUUGAUAAGGAAAGAAUGCGAGCAGGAAAAAACCUGCGCUACUACGAGCAUGCCCUAGAGAAAACAGGGACACGUGAGUUGAUUAACACCCGUUUGUGUGGUCACCUCUGUUGCUGCUCCCACUCAGAGGUCGAUGCCAUACAGUACUACAGUACUAUAGAAAAAGACCUGCUGGAAGAGGUGAGGAAGCAGACAGAACUGGUGCCACAGCGCCCCCUGGGGAUGGCCUUCGUCACCUUGCAGACUGAGGCUAUGGCCAAUUAUAUUCUGAGAGACUUCAAUGCACUCAAGUGUGGUGGGAAAAGCUGCUGUUGUGGGAGGCUGCCCCAACCUUCAUCCAACAGUGGAACUCUGAAAGUAAACAAGUGGAACGUCAGCUAUGCACCCCAUCCCAGAAAUGUGUAUUGGGAAAAUCUCUCAGUGCGGGGCUUUCACUGGUUCAUGCGCUAUGUUGCGCUCAACUUCUUCCUUUUCAUCCUACUCACCUUCCUCACCACUCCCACCAUCAUCAUCAACACCAUGGAUAAGUGGAACGUGACUAUGCCCAUCUACUAUCUCAAUAGUCCUAUCAUCAGUCAGUUCUUCCCCACUCUCCUGCUGUGGUCCUUCUCUGCGUUGCUGCCAACCAUAGUUUACUAUUCUACAAUAGGAGAGGCACAUUGGAGCAGGUCCAGUGAGCAGCUGAGCAUGAUGCGUAAGCUGUACUUCUUCCUGCUCUUCAUGGUGCUAAUCCUCCCCUCGCUGGGACUCACCAGUCUUGCAUUUUUUUUUCGCUGGCUGUUUGCUGAAAAGUUUCUCGAAGAUGGAAAACUUAGGUUUGAGUGUGUGUUCUUACCUGAUCAAGGAGCCUUUUUUGUCAACUAUGUGAUCACAGCAGCCCUGGUGGGCUCUGGGAUGGAGUUGCUGCGGUUGCCAGGAUUACUGCUUUACAUCAUUCGUUUGGCGUUUGCUCGCUCUGCGGCUGAAAGGAAAUAUGUCAAACAGAACCAGGCCUAUGAAUUUGAAUAUGGAGCAACGUAUGGCUGGUCCCUAUGUGUCUUCACUGUAAUUAUGGCUUACAGCAUCAUAUGUCCUAUUAUUGUACCUUUUGGUCUCCUGUACAUGAUGCUCAAACACCUGGUGGACAAACACAACCUGUACUUUGCCUACCUGCCGGCUCGCCUAGACCACCAGGUCCACCUGGGAGCUGUCAAUCAAGCUCUGGCCGCACCCAUCAUCUGCCUUAUAUGGCUUUACUUCUUUUCUGUCCUCAGAGCAGGUUUCAAGACUUCUACAUCUCUAUUCACACUGGUGGUCCUGUGUUUCACCGUCUUCAUCUGCAUCAGCUACACAUGCUUUGGCCAUUUCAAGUACCUCAGUCCACACAAUUAUGCGGUGAAAGAGGAGGAUGAGGAUACAGUAGAGGGAGGGGAAGAAAACACCAAGGUCUACCUUCCCAGAGUGUUAAAUCCCAAAUCACCUGCCGUAGGACAACAGGGCUCUAAACAUCAGCAGUGUUACGGCUCUACAGAGGGCAGCCCGGUCCACAGCUCCAGCCCAGUGGCAGACCGCAUGUCAGAUGGCUGAUUCAGCAUAUCUCAACACUGAGUCAAAGCUUUGGAGUCAGGAUGCCCACAACUCCUGAUCGUACAUCUGCUUCUUUCACAAUGCUUUCUAGCCUGGCUCACGUACCAGGCUCACCAAACUCAGAUAAAACUGUAUAACCGGGCAGUGCUAAUCAGAUACCAAUAGAGAUUCUACGACAUCAUUGCCUUAUUUCCCACUUAAAAUGUUUUUAGAAAAGACAUUUUACUGUAAUGUCUAUCUGUAAUUUGAGAAGGUUUGUGACAAGCUCACCCUUUUUUAUCUGCUUGAGAACGGACCAAGCACCGCCCCAACUUUCAUGUGUCCAAUUGCAUCCAGAGGCAUUUUGGUCUGCGCCCUUAUUUAACGCCCCUUGGAAAUAAAAAAUGAACCCAUUUGUG